CUACAAAUCAGUUACAGGAAUCCCUGUCCCACGAUGCCAUCUAUCCAGCUGCCACUGCUACUCCUCUGUUUGACCUUGUGUGGUGUUUGCUUCAACGUGGGACAUCUCCUUCCAGACGAGAGUGAGAACAUGGGAAAAAGUCCCCUGGAUGACAUCCUUCAGAGAUCUGAAAGCCUCAUUCUUCAGUCUGUCCUCAAGAAAGCUGAAAAGGAAGAAGAGAUUAAUAAAGAAUCAAAUGCCCCUCUGUUACAAUGGUUUUCCAAAAGACAACACUCUGAGAAAAAGCACCUAAGUAAUCUGGAGAAGAGACAACAUCCUGGAAAAAGAGAUGUUGAGGAAGAGACAUCUUACAGAGACAUUCAGAAGAGACAGCAUCCAGGAAAAAGAGAGAUGGAAGAUGAACGUGAUGUUUAUCUGGAGCUGAAAAGGCAACAGCCUUCUGGCAGAAAGUCACUGUUGGAUCAGUUUGCUAACAGCCCUAGGGCACAGCUAACCUACAUGAACAAGUUAUCCAAAAGAGAACAUCCAGGCAGAAGAUAUCUGAUGUACAAGCACCAGCGUCCUAGCAAAAGAGGCUGGAAUUAUGAGGUAGACCUAUACGGUGAGAAACUCCAGGAUCCUGGAAAAAGGCACUGGAAUUCUGACAGCUCAGAUUACAUAGGCCCCUGCAACUUUCAGAAGUCAUUCACCUGUCACAAAGGCAGCUUGUUGCUUGAUUUAGUAGAAUAUGCUAGCAGAGACAGGGUAGAAGAAAAGCGUCAGCAUCCCGGAAAGAGAUCAGCAUGGGAAGGUGAAACAGAGGAAUGAAAAAAUAAUUGUGUAGCACUUGCAUUUGGUGAAGUAAACUGCCAGAUAACCAAAAUAUUCUGUUCACUCCUUUUUGGCUUCCUGUUGCUGACCUCUGCAUCUAUCUUUCAGUGUGUUAAUGUUCCCAUCCAAGUUAAUGGCUUUGUCACACACUUAAAGCAAAGGAACUAAAGGACCUAUCUGAAUGGAACAGACAAGUACUGAGAAUCUUCAAUUCUCUGACUAGGCAGAGUGCUUAUUUUCUUAGGAGCCCAGACCCCAGAAUAAUCCAAAUAUGUCCUCCUAAAUGACUAAAAUAGGUUCUUAAAUUUGUGUUCUGAUGCUACUGACGUAGAAUAAUUAUAUGUUUUCCUCUCACAUCAGUGAAAUCAGUAAAUAGUGAGGGAGAAAAAUGAACAUAUGCCCAAUUGUUUGAAAAUUAAAUAGAGCAGGAUUUCAGUUCUAAAUGACAACAUUCUGGACACCUGAGUCCUUGUACACUACAAUCUGUCCGGACAGUAAGCACUACAGAGAGACAGGAACAGUUUUAAAUGGAACAAAAUAAAUGAGUGACUUCAUAGUCACUCAUGACUUGGAACUGGCACAGGAAAACCCUUUUCACCUAAGAGGCUACAGAGUGCAAAUGGUUACUGCAUCCCUGAACAUCUCAAGCACACAUUGUGACCCCUCUGACUGCGUACAGCCCACACUAGAACUCCCUCCCUAGUGUGUCCACACUUC